AUGGAGUAUGGGAGAUAUGGGGGGUUGGAUAUUAGGGUUUUAUGGGGGGAGAUGGGGUGUAAUUUUGGGGGUGUGUUUGUUUGGGGUAGGGGGAGGGGUUGUUGGUGUGGGGGGUGUGGGAGGGGGGGGGGGGGUGGUGUUGUGUUGGGUAUUGUGAGGUAUAUAUUUAGGGUUUUUUUUGUGGUGGGGGAUUUUUUUUGUUGUGUGUUUGUGGUGGGUGGUGUUUGGUUUGGGUUUGGGGUGGUAGUGGUGGUUGGGUUUGUGAUUGGGGGUGGUGGGGGGGUGUUUGGUUGGUGGGUGGGGUGUGGGUUGUGUUGUUGGUGGGUUGUUGGGGGGGUUGGUGGGGUGGGGUGUUGUGGUGUGGGGGGGGGGUAUUUGUUUUAUUGGGGGUGGGGGUGGGGGAGGAGGGGAGGGGUGGGUUGGUUGGUGAUGUGUGUUGGAGGUGGGUGGGUGGGUGUGGUGUUGGUGGAUGGUGUUUGGAGGAUUGGUUUUUUAGGGGGGUGGUUUUGGGUGGGGGGGUUUGGGGGGGGGUUGUUGUUGGGUUGGGUUUGGGGGGGGGGGGUGUGGGGGGGGGGGGGGUGUGUUUGUGGGUGGGGGGGUUGGGGGUUUGGUGUGGUGGUGGUUGGGGGUGGGUGUAGGUGUUGGUGUUGGAUGGGGUUUGUGUUGUGUUGUUGUUGUGUUGUUUGUUGGGGGUUGUGUUGGGGUGGGGUGGUGUGGGUGGGUGGUGGGGUGGGUGUGGUGUUUUUGUGGGUGGGGUGGUGUGGUUGGAGGGGGGGGGGUUUGGGGGGGGGGGGGGGGGGGUGGGGGUGGGGGGGGUGUUGGUUUGGGGUUUGGUGGUGGGGGGGGGGUGGUGUUUGGGUGGGUUUUGGUGUGGUUUGUUUUUGGUUUGUGGGUUGGGGUGGGGGGGGGGGGGGUGGGGGGUGGUGGUGGGGUGGGGGGGUGUUGUGGUUGGUUGGGGGUGGUUGGGUGGGUUGUGUUUGUGGUUGGUGUUGGGGGGGUGGGUGGGGUGGGGUUUUGUUGGUUGGGGGGGUUGGGGGGGGUUGGUGUUGGUUGUGUGGGGUGUGGGGGGGGGUGGUGUUGGUUGUUUGUGUGUGUUGGGUUUGUGUGUUUGGGGUGGGGGGGUGGGGUUGUGGGGGGGUGGGUUUGGGUGGUUUUUUUGGGGUUGGUUUUUGGUUUGGGGUUGUGGUGGGGGUGUGGGGUGGGUGUGUGUGUGUGUUGGUUGUUGUUGGGGGGUAUGGAGGUUUUUUUGGUGGGGGGGGGUGUGUUGGGUGGUGGGUGUGUGGGUGGUGGUGGGGGUGGGGGGGGGGGGUUGUUAUUGGGGGGUGGGGGGGUGGGGGGGGUGUUGGUGUUGGGGGUUUGGGGGUGGGGGUUUGGGGGGUUUGGUGGUUGGGGGGUAGUGUGUUGGGGUGGUUGGGGGUUGGGGGUUUGGGGUGGGGUUGGGGUGUGGGUUGGGGGGUUUGGGGGGUUGGGGGUUGGGGGGUAGGGGGGGUUGGGGGUUGGGGGUUUGGUGGGUUUGGGGUUGGGGUUGGGGGGGGUUGGGGGGGGGUUGGGGGGGUUGGGGGGUGGGGGUUGGGUGGUGGGGGGUGGGGGUUUUUUGUGUUGUGGGUUUUGGGUUUGUUGUGGGGGGGUGUUGUGGGGGUUGUGUGGGUUGGGGGGUUGGGGGUUGGGGGGUUGGGGGUGUGUGUGGGUGUGUUUGUGGGUUGGGUUGUGUUGGUGUUUGGUUGUGUUGGUUGUGUUUUGUUGUGUGUGUGGGGUUGGGUGUGUGUGGUGGGGUUGUUGGGGUUUGUGGGGUGGGGUGUUGUUGGGGUUUGGGUUGUGGGUGUGGGUGUGGGUUUGGGUGGGGGGGGGGGGUUGUGGGGUGGGUGUGGUGUGGGGGUGGGUUGGGGGGGGGUGUGGUGGGGGGUUGGUUGGUGUGGGGUGGGUGGUGGGUGUGUGGGUUGGUGGUUGUGUGUGUGUUUGGUGUGGGGUUUGGUGGUGGGGUUUGGUGUGGUGUGGUGGUGGGGUUGUGGUGGGUUUGGUGGUGGGUUGGUUGGGGUUGGGGUUUGGUGGUGGGGGGUUAGUGGUGUGGGGUUGGUGUGGUUUGUGGGGGUUUGGUGUUGGUUUGUUGGGGGGUGGGGGUUUGUUGUGGGUGGGGUUGGUGGUGGGGUUUGUGGGUGGUGUUUGGUGUGGUUUGGUGGUGGGUUUGGUGGUGGGGUUUGGUGGGUGGGGGGUUGGUGGUUUGUUGGGUGGGGUUUGGUGGUGGGGGGGGUGGGGGUGGGGGGGGGGGGGGUGGUGGGGGUGGGUUGGGUGGGGUGGGGGGGUGGGGGUGUUUUGUGUGUUGGGGGUGGGUGUGGGGGGGGUGGUGGGGGGUUGUGGGGUGGGUGGUGUGUGUUGGGGUGGUGGGUGUGGUGGGGGGGGUUGGGGGGGGGGUUGGGUUGUUGGGGGUUGUUUGGAGGUGUGGGGGUUGUAUUUUGGGGGGUUUGUUGGGGGGUUUUGUGGUUGGGUUGGGUGGUUGAGUGGGUUGGUGGGGGGUGGGGGAUUGGGUGUUGGGGUUGUGGGGGGGGGGUUUGUGUGGGUGUUUGGUGGUGGGGGGUUGGGUGGGGGUGGUGUGUGGGGGGGGGGGGGUGUGUGGGUGGUGUGGUGGGGGGUGUGGGGGGGUGGGGGUUGAUGAUUGGGGGGGUUUUGGGGUGGGGGGGGGUUUGGGGGGGUUGGGGUGUUGUGGUUGUGGGGGUGGUGUUGGGGGUGGUGGGGGGGGUGGGGGGGGUGUUUGGGGGGGGGGGGGGUUGGUGGUGGUGGGGUUGGGGGGGUUGGGGUGGGGGGGGGGGGGUGGGGUGGUGGGGGGGGUGGGGGGUUGGGGGGGGGUUGUGGGUGGGGUGUGUGGGUGGGGGGUGGUGUGGUGGGUGUGGGGGGUGGGGGUGUUGGGUGUGGUGGGGUUGGUUUUGGGGGUGUGUGUGGGUGUGGGUGUUUGUGUUUGGGGUGGGGGGGGGGGGGGGGUUGGUGGUGGUUGGGUGGGUUUGGGGGUUGGGUGUGUGGUUGGUGUGUUUGGGUUUGGUGUUGUUUGGGGGGUGGGGUGGGGGGGGUGGGUUGUGGGGGGGGUUUUUUGGGGUUGGGUUUGUGGGGUGUGUGGUGGGGGGGGGGGGGGGGGGGGGGGGGGGUGGGGUGGUGGUGGGUGUGGUGGGGGGGGGGGGGGGGGGGGGGUGGGGGGGUGGGGGGGGGUGGGGGUUGGGGGGUUUUUGGGGAGGGUGGGUUGGGUGUGGUUGGGGGUGGGGUGGGGGGUUGGGGGGGUUGGGGGUGGGGGGGGGGGGUGUGUUGGGGGUGGUGUUGGGGGUGUUUUGGGGGGGUUGUGGGUGGGGGGUGUGGGGGUUGGGUGGGGGUUUUGGGGUUGGGUGGGGGGGGGGGGUUGGGGGGGUGGGGGGGGUUGUUUGGGGGGGUUGUGGGUGUGUGGUGGGGGGGGGGGGGGGUGGUUUUUGGGGUGUUGGUUUUGUUGUUGGUGGUGGUGUGGGUGGGGUGUGGGUGGGGGUUUGGGUUUGGGUGUGGUGGGGGUUGUGGUGGUGUGGGGGGGGGGGGGGUGGGGGGUGGGGUGGGGGUUUUGGGUGGGUGGGGUGGGGUUUGGGGGGGGGGGGGGGGGUGUGGUUGGUGUGGUGGUUGUGGGGUGUUUGGUGGGUGGGUGGGGGUUGGUGGGGGGGGGUGGUGGGGGGGGUGGUGGUUGUUGGUUGGGGGUUGGGGGUGGUUGUGUGGGGGGGUUGGGGUUGGUGUGUUUGUUUGUGGGGGUUGGGUGGUUGGGGUGUUGUGUUGGUGUGGGUGGUGUUUGGGGGGGGGGGGGGUUUGUGGGGGGUGGGUGGGUUUGGUUGGUGGGGGUGUGUGGGUGUUGGGGGGUGGGGGGUGGGGGGGGGGUGUGUGUGGUGGUGGUGGUUGGGGGGGGGGGGGGGUGGGGGGGGUUUGUGGGGGGGGUGGUGUGGGGUUUGUUGUGGGGGGGGGGGGGGGGGGUGGUUGUGUGGGGUGGUUGGGUUUUGUUUGUUUGGGGUGGGUGGUGUGUGGGGGGGUGGGGUGGGGUGUUUGGUUGGGUGUGUGGGGUGUGGGGUGGUGUGGGGGUGGUUGGGUUGUGGGUGGUUGUGUGUGGGUGUUGGGGGGUGGGGGGGUGGGUGUGGGGGGUUGGGGGGGUGGGGGGGGGUUGUGUUGUUGGGGGUGUGUUGGUGGGGGGGUGUGGGUGGGGGGUUGGGGGUGGGUGGGGGUUGUUGGUGGGUGGGGGGGUGGGUGGUGUGUGUGGUGUUGGGUGUGUUGGUUUUUUGUGUGGGGGGGUGUGGUUGGUGGGGGGGGGUGGUUGUGUGUGGUUGGGGUGGUGUGUUGGGGGGGGGGGGUUUGUGGGGGGUGGGUGGUGUUGGUUGGUGGGGGGGGGUGUGUGUGUUGGGGGGGGGGUGGGGGGUGGGGGGGGGGUUGGGGUUUGGGGGUGGUGUUGUGUGGUUGUUGUUGGGGGUUGGGGGUGGGUGUGGGUUUUUGGGUGGGUUUUGGGUGGGUGGGGUGGUGGGGGUGGUGGGGUGUGGUGGGUGGGGGGUGGGGUGGUGGGGGGUGGUGGGGGUGGUGGGGGUUGUGUGGGUGGUGGUGGGGGGGUUUGGGGGGUUGGUGGGGGUGUUUUUGUGGUGGGGGGGGGGGGGGGGGGGGGGGGGGGGGUUGGUGGGGGGUGGGUUGGUGGUGUGGGGUUUUGUGGGGGGGGGGUUGGGGUGUGGUGGGGGGGGGGGGGGGGGGUGGGGGGGGGUUGGGGGUGGGGGUGUUGGGGUGGGUUGGUGGUGGGUGGGGGGGGGGGGGUGGUUGGGUGGUGUGUGGUUGUUGUUUUUUGUUUGGGGGGGGGGGGGGGGGGGGGGGGGGGGGGGGGGGGUGUGGUGUUGGGGGGGUUGUGUGUGUGUGGUGGGGUGUGUGGGGGGUUUGUGGGUGGGGUGGGGGGGGGGGGGGGGGGGGUGGGGUUGUUGGGGUGGUGGGUGGGUUGGGGGGGGGGGGUGGGGGGGGGGUGGGGUUGUGUGUGGGGUGGGGGGUUGUGGGGGUGGGGGUGGGGGUGGUGUUUUGGGUGGGGGGGGGGGGUGGGGGGGGGGGGGGGUUGGUUGUGUGUGGGUGGGGGGGUGUGUGUUUGGUGUUUUGGUGGGUGGGUUGGGGGGGUGGGGGGUGUGGUUGGGGGGUUUGGUUUGUUUGUGGGGGGGGGGGGGGGGGGUUGGUGGUGGUGUGUUUUGUUUGGGUGGGGGGUGGUGUUGGGGUUGUUUGUGGGGGGGUGGUUUGUGUUGUUGGUGUGGUUGGGGGUGUGUUGGGGGUGUGGGGGUUGGUGGGGGUGGGUGGGGGGGGUGGUGGGGGUGGUGGUGUUUGUUUUUUGUGUUGGGUGUGGGUGUUGUGUUUUGGUGGGGUGGUUUGUUUUUUGGGGGGUGGUGGGGGGGGGUGGUGGGGUGGGGGUGGGUGGGGGGUGGGUGGGGGGGGGGUGGGGGUUGGGUGGGGGGGUGGUGGGUGGUGGGGGGGGGUGGGGGGGGGUGGGUGGUGGGGGGGGGGGGGGGGGGGGGGGGUGGGGUGGUGGGGGGGGGGGGGUGGGGGGUGGGGGGGGGUUGGUUGUGGUUGGUGGUGGUGUGGUGGUGUGGUUGGGUGUGGUUGGUUUGGUGGUGUGUGGUUGGUGGUGUUUUUGGUUUGUGGUUUUGUGGUUGGGGGGUGUGGUGUGGGUUGGUGUGUUUUGGUUUGGGGGUGGUGGUGUGGUGGUGGUGGUGGUUUGUUGGUUGGUGUUGUGGUUGUGGUGUUUGUGGUUGGUGGUUUUUGGUGGUUGGUGUUGUGGUUGGGUGUUUUUGGUUGGUGUUUUUGUUGUGGUGUUGUUUGUGUUGGGGGUGUUUUUGUGGUGUGUUUGUGGUUGUGUGGUGGUUGUGUUGGGUUGGUUUGUGGUUGGUUUGUUGUGGUUGGGGGUGGUGUUUGGUGUGGGGUUUGUGGGGUUGUGUUUGGGGGGGGGGGGGGGUGGGUUUUGGGGUGGGGGUGGUUGGUGGGGGGGUUGUGGUGGGGGGGGUGGGGAGGGUUGGGGGGGGAGUGGGGGGUUGGUGUGGUGGGGUGGGUGGGGUGUGGGGGUUUGGUGUGUGGGGGUUGGGUUUUUGGGUUUGUGUGGGGUUUUUUGUUGUUUGUGGGGGUUUUUUGUGGUUUUGUGUGGUGUGGUGUUUUGUGGGUUGGUGUUGGUGGGGUGGGGGGGGUUGGGGGGGGUUUGUGGUGUGUGUGUGGUGUAGGGUGAUGGGUGUUGAGGGUGUGUGUGUGGUGUGUGUGUUGGUGUUUAUGGGUGUUGUUGGGGUUUGUGGUGUGGUUGUGUGUGUGGGUGUGUGUGGGUGUGUGUGGGGGUGGUGUGUGUGGGGUGUGUUGGGGUGUGUGUGUGUGUUGUGGUGUGUGUGGUGUGUGUGGGGGGUGUGUGUGGGGGUUGUAGUGAUGUGUGGGUGUUGUGGUUGUGUGUGGUGUGUUGGGGUGUGUGUGGUGUGUGUGGUUGUGUGGUGUUUGUUUUGUGGUGGGGGUUGGGGGUUGGGGUGGUUGUUGUGGGGGGGUGAUAUUGGGUGGGGUGUGGGUGGUGUUGGGGUUUGGUUGUGGGAUGGGGGUUGGGGUGGGGGUGUGGUGGGGGGGGGUGUGGGUGGGGGUGGGGGGGGUUUUGGGGGGGGGGGGGGUUUGGUGGGUGGGGGUUGGGUGUAG